UUGAUUUUAUUAGUAAUUUUCAUUCGAGUUUUUAGUGUCUUUUUUCAUCAUAGAUGUCGCUAGAUUCCACUUUGACUUGAGUCAAACGUAACUGGACUAAAAAGAACCUUUGAAGCUGCUUAAAUUUUCGGUACAUCUGUUUCUUACGAGUAUAAUAAAAAAUAAAUAAAUAAAGAUCACGUUUUCGUACGCUGAGAUAAGACACAGGGGAGGAAACAUUGAAUAAUUUUUUAUCCUUAAUUGAAAGCAUCCCCGACGGAAAUUUUUCUCAUGAGAAAGUUUUAUAAAGUCUAAAAAAGUCUUACAAAUGUUCGGAUUUCGCACACCUGAUUGAUAAUUUUAAAGAGUUAAUAAGAGUUUUUAAAAAUUCAUAAAACCUUUUGGAGACUCAAUUUUUUAUAAGAAUUUUUAGUACUUAUUUAGACUUUUAACGAGUUUUUAAGAAUUGGAGUGGCGCUGAAAUUUCCGUAGGGGAUAGGAAUUAAAUUGCUUUCGCGAAUGUGAACAAGUGCUCGUACGUGUUUUUACAACACCAUGCAGACGGGGUCAAACGCUGCCUCGCGAAGCUCUAAUUAAUCAGCUAUCGAGAAUAAUAAUAUAGACGUCGAGCGACCGUACUCGUAGUAAUAUCGUGCGUAAAUACGAGCACAGCCGAAAGAUAAGGCAUUAUACAACAUUACAAAUCCGAGUUUUAACUUUAAAUUUUAGCGCGAUGAUUACUCGAUCGAAGAAAAGCAUGUGCAGAAAGGAAAGCCAGAAGAACAACUUCCCAGCGUCCAUGGGAGACGGCGAGCAACUCUACUGCAAGAUCUGCAUGACCCUGUUCUCGGAGAAGCUCGAUCUGCAGCAGCACGUGUUCAAGCAGCACCCGGAGAUCGAUCGGCCCUUCAUCUGCGACAAGUGCGGCGCCGCCUACGCCACCAACGCGGGUCUGCGACAGCAUCGCUCCAACUCGCACGAGCCCAAAUUCGCCUGCGACGAGUGCCCCCAGAAAUUCGGCAAGGGCGCCUAUCUGCGCCAGCACAAGGAUCGCGAGCAUCGUCGCCUCAAGCCCUUCAGCUGUCACGAGUGCGCCAAGGCGUUCACGCGCAAGGACAAUCUCCGCCAACACGUCAAUCUCGUCCAUCUCGGCGUGAAGAAGUACAAGUGCGGCCAGUGCGACAUGAGCUUCGGCUGGCGCAGCACUCUGACCUUCCACUUCGCCAGCUGCCACCUGCCGCCCAAGUUCGGCUGCGACGAGUGCGGCAAGAAGUUCGGCCUGAGGAAUCAUCUGAGGCGCCACGUGGAAUCGGUGCAUCUCGGCAUAAGGUAUCACAAGUGCCCCGAGUGUCCGCGCCAGUUCGCGCGCAAGGAUAAUAUGGAGUCGCAUCGAGUCAGUGUACACGUGCUGGGUGGGCGAAGCACGAGGCAGGUUUAAAUGUGAGGGGGAAAAAUUGAAGGGCGAUGUAUAUAAAACGAGCAGCGUAUAAGUUGUUGAUGUAAAUAUACUUUAUCUGUAGUGUAGCGUAUGAACAAAAUAAGAUAUAAAAGCCAUUAAUAUAUGAUAAUAUAUUAUGUGAUAAUUAAUUAGAUUAUUAAUUUUU